AAGAUUUUUUUUAACUGCAGUGACUUAUUGAGGACAUAUAUAUGCUGUUGAUUUCAAAUGCCCCUUUUGUAAAUAAAGGGGAUUGGAUUUGAUCAAAACAAGAAAAUGCGGGGAAAUACCUUGAAAUACAAGGUUUAUAUUGCGAAACGAAGAAGACUGGAAUUACCUGUGGUUGGUCACGCUCGCUUCGUUUGAAUAGUCUCUGUUUCCGAAUGUUAUCAAAGGACACCUGACAACUGUUAGUAGGACUCCCAUAAAUCAUCCGCAUGUAGUCUACAGAACAAUGGUGGGUAUUUACACGUCUUUAAGUUUGGCCUUGGUGGUGGCUUUAGUCUACUGCUCUUCCAACAAUGAAGCAACACCCCUUGGCGGUAUUGGAGUGGGCGGUCACCUUCCGCAGGAGGCGAAGAUAGGGGUAUUAAAACCAUGUGAUGAUGUUGAAUAUGAGUUUUCACAUGUUUGUCCACAUAUCUACUGGAUCCCAGGCGGAGAUAUUGACCCCAGGAGCGAGAUCAUCGUCGGGGUACAUUUAAGUAUGCCCUUUGAAAUUGGAGAAGGGAGUUACCUGAUGACAGUGAAGGUCGAAGGACAACCGAUCUUCGAGGACCGAUUGGAUUUCACAUGCGAAUUUAUCCUUAAAGCCAAAGACUAUAUAAACUUCCCGUAUCGGUGUCCCCUCGCCGUUAACACCAACAUAACGUUAAUGUACACGGUAACAGAUGUGCUGGGAUUAAAGGCUUAUCCGGGUGAAUAUGAAGUAGACAUGCGGUUGAAGAAUAUAGACGGAUAUGGUGUAUGCUGUACAGCGCAACUUACCGUUCUUGGAUAAGUUGGAGGACGGUUUCUGGGACAAGUUGGCGGACGGGUUCUGUGAUAAGUUGGAGGACGGGUUCUGUGAUAAGUUGGAGGACGGGUUCUGUGAUUAGUUGAAGGACAUGAUCGUCAUUCUACGUGCUAAAAGAACUGUGAUUGGCAGUGACCUGUCGCUUUCUCAAUCGAAUGUAAAUUCAUGGGAUUUUCUUCAUCAAAAGGCGGUUUAACGUUCCAUGUUUCACAGGAUUGUUACUGCUCACUGAUAUUUCAAUAAUCAGUAGCUGAUUUUCGCCAGUUAGCAAAAUGCACGGAACGUGUUCACUUCAACAAUUUUAUCAACGAACAGUUUUAGUUUCAAUUAAAUCUAGAUAGGUGCUAUUUUCAUUACAGGGGUGAUUUUUUUUGUAAUAGAACGUCUUUUCGAAAACUUCACUCUUUGCAUUCUCUUCCAUUUUGGUAAGUGAACUGAGUUAAUCGAGCUUAAACAUAUGAAAACUUCCGACUAUUACAGAAUGGAUCUCGCAAUUUUCAACAGAGGUCAUGGAAUUUAUGUACAACCAAAUUGAGUGAUCCUCGAACUAUUCAACUGAUUGACGUCACUUUUCCGUGUUGACUGACAACUAUGCAAAGAAAAACUGAAGUGUUUGAAUGGUCAACUUAUCCAAAAUACUAUCUUCCUAGUUGAACAUCAAAUUUCACUAAGUUUGGAAGGAUAGAACUAGAUGUUUAUUGAAAAGUAUCAUCACUUACCCCUAUGUUAAUUAUGAAUGAUUUAAGCAUUUUGAUAUUAAACAAGAGAUCCCACAGGGAUUUUGCGCCCACCAUCGUACCAUC